UAUUGGUAUCAUACGUUCUCCGUUGUUUGACGCGAGCGGACUAAGGUGACUGGGGUAGCUCGCAGCCUCGCAAAACUAUGGAUAAAAUGUGUAUUUUAGAUUGAUUGACAGUUCCGUUAUACGUCGAGCUUUUAUUAAUCAUCACCGAUUUGGAUUAUAUAUACGAAUUUUAAAGCGAAAAGUUUAUUUUUGAUUCCAGUUGGAGUGUGAAGUAAACUGCAUACCUGUGAAUGAAUUGGAACAGGGGAGAAAACUCCGGGUUUACUAUCGUCGAAGAAAACUAUCGUCUCUCUGAACGGUGACGUGAUUGUAUCUUUGUGGAUUUAUUAAUAUACAUGUGUGCUCAUAUUGAACCAGUGGUUUAAUUCCAAUAUUGAAACGAUAGUUAUCCACCGUGAAAAUACAGUAGCCUGGUUAUAAUCAACUGCAGCACACUUCAAAGUGGAAAUUCUGUUUAAUUAUUCACCACUGCUACCACGCAUGCGCACGGAGUUAUUGUAACAGAAAGUGAAAAACAUGGCGAAAGGCUGGUGGAGUGGAAUAUGGGCUCCGAUUUUACUGUUUUCUAGCUCGUUUACAAGUGUUGUAAUAUGUGCGAGAGAAGUUGUAUUACUAGACACAACAAAAAUAAGCCGACUAGAAUGGACAACAUACAAAGGUGGUUCUCAAGACAACACAAACAAUGGGUGGCGAGAAGGCAGUUACUCCGCAGAGAAUGGAAAUCCUGUACGUGUGUACGCCUCGUGUUCCGUCAGCAGUCAGGGUGUGGACAACUGGCUGAGGACUCCCUUCAUUCCCCGGGGCGAGGCCAACAGUUUACACAUAGAAAUUACAUUCUCCAUGAGGCGUUGUGUCAAACACAAUGACCCGGGCAGCCUCCAGCAGUGUAAGGAGACAUUCAAUCUCUUUUACUACGAGGCUGAUUCAGAUAUAGCGAACGAAAUGAUGCCAAUGUGGGAUGAAAUUUCGUAUCAAAGUAUAGACAAGAUUGCUGCAGAUCAUCUAUAUGAUGACAAUUCUAAUUUAAAAAUUAACAAGGAAGAUCGGGAAGUGCCAUUGAAUCGUGGUCUUGGUGGUGUUUAUUUCUCAUUCCAGGAUACAGGGGCGUGUGUAACACUUAUUUCCAUCAAAAUUUACUAUGUCAUGUGCCCCAACGUGACUUUGAACUUCGCAUUCUUCAUGGAAACUCCGACUGGUGACAGUCCGCAGGCGCUGGAAGAGCGGAAAGGUGUAUGUGUGGCAAACGCCGCAGAGGAUGCGCUCCCUACGUACCUUUGUCGUAGUGAUGGAACAUGGUUUUAUGCCAAAGGCAGCUGUCAGUGUUUACCUGGAUACGAAGGUCACAACAGCCUCGAGUGUAUCGAGUGUCGGGCUGGGUUUUACAAGUGGGAGCUAGGGAACCAUCCCUGUAGUAGCUGCCCGGCCCACAGCUUCUCCACGGCACCCAAGUCUGUAGAGUGUACGUGUGAAGAGGACUUCUACCGCAGCGACACUGACCCCAAGAGCAUGUCAUGCACACAGCCUCCUUCUGCCCCACAAAACGUUGCCGUGCGACAGUAUACCCACAAUUCCAUCACUGUGACGUGGCGCUUUCCAAUGUACGAUGGUGGACGGAAUGACGUCAUGUUCCGCAUUGACUGUCAGCAGUGUGACAGCAGUGUGACCUUCACACCUGACAAACCGACCUUCAACUCCACAAGUGUCAUUCUGUCAGGGCUACAGUCUAGUACGACGUACAGCAUUCGGAUUUACUCAGAAAAUGGUGUCACGCAGGCCAGUAAAAAACCUGCUCAGUACGGUGAGGACACUUCUACCACCCUCAGCAGUCGCCCUACCAUCAUCAACGUUCAUGUUGUGUCUGUCGGGGACUCGUAUGUGACCAUUACGUGGGAGAAGGCGACAGAGUUUAAGGAUACAAUCCAAGACUACCAGGUGAAGUGGUAUCGCCGAUGGAAGGGCGAAGAAAAGACUAAUUCCUCCAAUGUACAGAACUUCACCUUUCGUAACCUGCUUCGAGACACAGAAUAUAGCUUCCAGGUUCGAGGUUACUCCACGGUGAAGGGAUGGGGAGACUUCAGUCAGCCUUUACAUGUGAUGACUGGAUAUUCAGAUGGUGUCACCUAUUACAAAGGUCAAUUUAACAGGACAACUCCGGAUAGGGGAGAUGAAACCAAAUUGGAUGCUCCUCUACCUUCCAUUGGAAUCAUUAUCGGAUCUAUCGUGGCAGUUUUCCUGUGUAUGGCUAUAGCGGCAAUAAUGAUAUAUCUGCUGGUGAAGAGAAAUCAAAACCAGUGUAAUGAGACGAAAGGUGGAGAGUGUGAUACACUGCACUAUAGCCACGGUGAGGUUGUGCAUUGUCCCCCGUUGGAGCCUCAUAUGAACGUGGGAUCGACCGUGCCCCUGUUUCCUCCGCCUGGCUCGUACAAGACAUACGUAGAUCCACACACUUACGAGGACCCAAACCAGGCUGUCCGGGAGUUCACACGAGAAAUAGACGCUUCCCAUAUCACUAUAGAGUCUGUUAUAGGGGGAGGUGAAUUCGGUGACGUUUGUAAAGGUAAACUUCGUAAGCCUGCCCACCCUGAAAUGACGGUCGCAAUCAAAACACUCAAACCAGGAGCCACAGAUAAAAACCGUUUAGACUUCCUGACAGAGGCGAGCAUCAUGGGACAGUUUGAUGAUCCAAAUGUUAUAUUCCUCGAAGGUGUCGUCACAAAAAGUCAUCCCAUUAUGAUUGUAACCGAGUAUAUGGCCAAUGGGUCUCUAGACACGUACCUCAGGAAUAAUGAUGGGAAAUUCACGAUCAUACAGUUGGUAGGAAUGAUGCGAGGUAUAGCGGCUGGAAUGAGGUACCUCUCAGAGAUGGGCUAUGUUCACCGAGACCUAGCAGCUAGGAAUAUUUUAGUCAAUGAAAACUUGGUAUGCAAAGUGGCUGACUUUGGUCUGUCUCGUGAGGUGGACAUUGACACAACUGACGGUGCUUACACAACAAAGGGAGGAAAGAUACCGGUGAGGUGGACAGCACCCGAGGCUAUAGCAUUCCGUAAAUUUACCACCGCCUCCGAUAUCUGGAGCUACGGGGUGGUAAUGUGGGAGAUUAUUUCGUAUGGUGAGCGACCAUAUUGGAAUUGGUCCAACCAGGAUGUGAUACGAGCCGUAGAGAAAGGGUACCGCCUACCUCCCCCUAUGGAUUGUCCUGAAGCCAUCCACCAACUCAUGCUGGACUGCUGGCAGAAGGACCGAGGCAACCGUCCAAAAUUUGUACAGAUCGUCAAGUCUCUAGACAAGUUCAUCAGGGCACCAGAACUACUACGCAAAAUUGCUAAACCAAGGCCAGAACACCUGAUGGACGCUGGAUUCUCCGCACCAGAGGUACCACAGUACACUAAUGUAGAGAGCUGGCUGAUCUCAAUCAAAAUGGAGAAAUACAUUGACAAUUUUCUUCAGGCAGGUUAUCGUACUAUGGACCAGGUCGCGACGAUAACUCCUAAGGACCUAGAGGUCACGUUACAAAUCACGCUAAUAGGUCACCAGAAGAAAAUCAUGAACUCAGUACAAACAUUACGUGUGCAAAUGUAUGGACUACAGUUUCCACAGAUGUCCGAUGGAUUCCUUGUAUAGCAUCGACUGUUCAUGAUCACGACAGCUUUUGUGUGUGUGUGUCUGAAGUCUCGUGUCAUUGUGUGUUACUGACAUUGCCACGUUUGUGUCCGUCACAUUGAGAUGGAGCCUACUCCUGUUGGCAUGGAAACAAUGGUACCAUGUCAUUGACAAAUCCGCUUUUUAAAACCAUCAAAACUUGCAGUGGCUCAAAGGUGGCGCUGUGAGUUGUCGACCAAUGGAAGCCUUGUGUGUGCUUAGGUUGUAGGUGGAGAAGAAAGUAAUUGCUUACAAACUAAAACUGCCUAAAGGUACAGUACAAACAAAUGGAUAACUCCAAUCGCACGUACAGACAUCGUUGUGUCAGCUUGUACAGACAACACCAAGGUGAAGGUGAGAAGUGUCAGUGUCAAGGUCGUAUUCCCAUUACCUGUGUGUUGAUGUGUCUCCAGAGGAGGUUUCUCAUGUGUCUGCUUCAUUUUGUAUAUUCAUCAGGCUUCGCUGUGAUUGGUUGACUGACUGGAGAUUACCGUAGUUGCAAAUAAUUUCGGCCAAUUGGAUUCAUGUAGACUUGUUUGACAAUUGAUAAUAUAUGCUGUCACCCGAGGAAAAGUUUGUGUGUGAGGAACAACAUUGUGUGAUUAUAUUACAUUAUUGGCAUGACUUACAUAUUCAGCCGUCAGAAUAAGAUUGGAUGGGGUGAACAUUCAUUUUAAUUCAGUCACGUUUUUGGUGAAAUUUCGAAGAAAAUUUAAUUGGGGAAUCUAUUGAUCCAAAUAUGCAACAUUUCCUAUGAUAGAGUGAGAGUAUGAUGGCAGUGAGAGGGUUUCAGUGUGAUAUAUAUGACCACUGAGUUUUAACUAAAUAACAUGACAGUUUCGCCAUGGUAGACAUGGAGCCAGUAUAACUGGCAUAUAUCACAUGACUGUCACAUGACAUGUGAAAAAUAUUACAUGCCUGUCAUGAUUUGUGAACUGUAUUUAUGUGCUCCUAUAGGUGAGUGGCUUGUUGUAUUCCAUAUGGGGUGUGCUCUGGGUAGACUCUCCACAGAUCACUAGUGUCCUGAUCAGCUCGGCUGUUUUAGUCCUGUACUGAACACUUAAACUUCAGUACUGUUUAUACUUACUUUAGAUUUUAUUACAAUGCCAAAUUUACUGAUGAAAAUAUCGAUCUGUUUAGAAUCUACCCAAAGCAGUUUAAAACUAUUGUGUAUAUACUUUUGACAUAUUUAUUGUGAUAUUCCGAACAUUUUGUAUACAACCCCCCGUCACAUUACCUCAUUUAAUUGUAGUUUAAUAGGGGUCUCUGUGAUUUUUCAUUUUCACCGAUGACACUCAGUUGCUAAUUUGUUCAGUAUAUAUUUGCCUUGUGUCUCACUAAAUGGUAGAUCUGCUGCUAAAGUAGUUUGCUUCAUUGUUAAGCUUAUUUUCUUGGCAACUGGCCAAGACUCGCUCGACACUAUUUCUGUUUCAGUGUGAUCACUAGCGACACCUACAAUAAACUCAUGACGGGGAAUAAUAGCAAUUUUUGUUGUGUUCAUUUUAGUUGUUGACGCUGCUUUAGAUGGUUUUUGUUUUAUGUUUUAAAAUUAGCACUAGAGGUUCUUUACUUACCUGAAUAAAAAAGUGAAAUAAGUAUCUCAUAGAAAUGGCUCUCGGUACAUUAAGUGGACCUAAUCAUUAUUACAGUCUUAUAAUUGAUUUCAUACUUCAAUAAAGUGAGUGAAAUUUUGGUGCUGUUUUAUUUCAAAAUUCCCAUUACACUAGAUUGACCUGAUCAUUAUUUUAGGCUUAGAAAUAGAUUUCUUACUUUAGUAAAAUGAUUUCAAUUUUGGUGCUGUUUUAUUCCAAAUUUUGAUUUUAACAUGAAUAUCCUCAAGUUUUCCAUUUGGCAGAUAAACACCCAACACAACACUGUAUCAAAUGGUGUUGCUAGUUUGAGCCAAUAAACUACAACCUUCAUUCACUGGCUGUGAUAAUAUUCUAAGCCAAGCCAUUACAAUAUCUGCUCCAUGCUCUCGCCAUUGUAUUAUCCUAGACAAGCUACUACAGUACAGCCUCAAUCACUUACCACUUUAGUGCUUGACGGUUUUCUCCUUUGCACUUUUUUACUGCAAGUGAAAUAUUUUAGUGAAAUAUUUUUUUAAGUUAUGAUUUAUUUCAUGUAUUCGUUGUAACUGAAAUUCCCACCAAUGAUAAACCACAUUGACAGCAAACACAUCAGCUACUGUAUGAAGAUAAAAAAUUAAACUUGAAUGACAGAGCAGAAUUUUUGAUGUCUGAUUUGUUUCUAGUUUUCUACCGGGUUGAGUUGGCGGGGUUUCACUGUGUGUUGUAGCUGUAUAGAGUGUGUGUCCAGAUGUACACUGAGACAGGUAGGACCACAGGCACAAAUAAGACAAUGACCGUGUGAACAUGUGUUACUCUAUCUCACCAGUUAUAUAUCAAUAUUUUUGUAAAUAGAUUCACAGACAUUGCUUGCAGAAAAGUCUAGAUAUUGGGCAUGAAAGACUGUACAUAUAUGUUGUCAGAGGUGGAAAUCAGACAAGUGAAAAUUCAUUAAGGUCAUCACUACAAGUGACAUUUAUAUCUAGAUCAUUGGUCAUGAGAUCAUACAUAUCUCAAGGUCAUUGGUCAUGAGGUCAUGCGUUUCUCAAGGUUAGUGAUCAUGAGGUCCUAUGUACAUCAAGAUAAAUGAUCAAAAGGUCACAUAUAUCUCAAGGUCAGUGAUCAUAAGGUCACAUAAUCUCAAGGUCAGUGAUCAUGAAGUCACAUAUAAUCUCAAGGUCAGUGAUCAAGUCACAUAUAAUCUCAAGGUCAGUGAUCAUGAAGUCACAUAUAAUCUUAAGGUCAGUGAUCAUAAGGUCACAUAAUCUCAAGGUCAGUGAUCAUAAGGUCAUAUAAUCUCAAGGUCAGUGAUCAUGAAUUUACAUGUAUUAAGUAAGUGAUGUCGGUGUAGGAGAAUGUCCUACUCUGUCCAAGCGUACCCAUCACAUGCCUUACUUCAUUGUGGAAAGUGCUGUUAUGCAUUGUCUUCAUUAGUGACAGAGAUGCUGAUGGGUGUGAGGAUAGCCAGUGUAUGUAUAUCAAACUCCCGCUGCCACGAUCCUCUGUAACCUGGUUUGAUAACUCAUCAUAUCAAGAAGUGAGGAAGGCAUAAUGAUGAUAAAAUUUCGCCAAAAGAAUUUAUGUAAAAAUAGUUUAUACAUGUAUGUCUCAUAAUCUUUGUGAACCAUGCUUGUUACAACUUGCAUAUUGUGAAAUGUCCACCUUUUUGGUACAGUAUUAAUAGUUAUAGACGCCAUACCAGUUAUCUCAUUCACCCCUACAGUUGGAAACUGGACUUGCCAAGUCUUUGAUUUGGUAAGGUUCCACUGCGACUUUAGGGGUGAAUGGGUUAACAAAGAUAACACUGUUCAAUGUGUGCAGUUUGUACUACCAUUGUCUUUGUCCUCUUUACUCCCACCAGCAUCUCUAAUCACCUGUCACACUGCGAGAACGCCAUCACACAAAUCAACUGUAGUAAGAAAAUGUGUUUCAGUAAGAUAUGUAAAUAUGUGUUUAUAAAACAGCCUGUAUAUAUAUACGCAAAAGUUACAUAUGUUGGUGUGCAGAUCAGUAAAGGCCAACUGCACUUGUGCAUAAUGUGGUCGACAAAACGCUUUAUGUGAACAAGUACAUAUUUGCAAGUGUGCGUAGAUAUGUAUGUAAAUGUUAGGUGUGUGUGUAUGUGUAGAUGUUAGGUGUGUGUGUGUGUGUAGAUGUUAGGUGUGUGUGUAUGUAGAUGUUAGAUAUGUCUGUAGAUGUGUGUGUAUGUGUAGAUGUGUAUGUAGAUAUUAGAUGUGUGUGUAUGUGUAGGCGUGUGAGAGUAUAGGAAUGUCUUUAUGUGGGUAUACACUGUAUUUGUUCAUCAGAUGUACAUAUGUUUUUUGACCAGAUUUAUGGGUUUUUUACUCUCAUUGAAACACCUUUUUGUGUUUUAUCUUGACAUGAAUGUGCUCUUAAUAAAACAAUUGUAAAACUCAUUCAAGCUUCCAUUAAAAUAAAGUUCCCAAUAAGACGGGAGUUGAGGUUUUACCGUUGCUCUCUGCCUUAAAUGCGUUUAUUUUUACUCUGUUGUUACCUGUUAGUGAUUGGGAUCCUUUGAUGGGGUCAAACUGCAUUUGUUGAAGUUUUGGUUUUUGAUUUCAGUGUAUCACUGACAUGUUUUUUAACUUUCCUGUUUUAGAUUUGAUCUCCACAAACUUCUUAUAGUCCCAAGUAUGUUCUUAAUUAAAUUGUUUCGAAAAUCAAUUUUUGGGAUAAAAUGUUAUGAAAAUCAAUUUUAGAAAAAGAAAAAUUGAUUGAUUCCAAUUAUUUUAGUGCUUGUUUUAACAAUUUCUGAAAGUUUUCGCUUAUCUGUCAAUCAGAUUUAUUGUCAGUACUAUCAUUUCCAUCUAAAUUGAGUUCAAUCUAUUUUCAAUGAAGUAAUUUUUCUUUUAUUGGACAAAAGUGUUGUAAUAUGAUUGAUGAGAGGAUGAAAGUGUGGUCAAGUUCUGGAGCGUCUGUGUGGACGUCCAGGAGAGUUUGUGGUGUGUUCUGUAGCGUCUGUGUGGACGUCCAGGAGAGUUUGUGGUGUGUUCUGGAGCGUCUGUGUGGACGUCCAGGAGAGUUUGUGGUGUGUUCUGGAGCGUCUGUGUGGACGUCCAGGAGAGUUUGUGGUGUGUUCUGGAGCGUCUGUGUGGACGUCCAGGAGAGUUUGUGGUGUGUUCUGGAGCGUCUGUGUGGACGUCCAGGAGAGUUUGUGGUGUGUUCUGGAGCGUCUGUGUGGACGUCCAGGAGAGUUUGUGGUGUGUUCUGGAGCGUCUGUGUGGACGUCCAGGAGAGUUUGUGGUGUGUUCUGGAGCGUCUGUGUGGACGUCCAGGAGAGUUUGUGGUGUGUUCUGGAGCGUCUGUGUGGACGUCCAGGAGAGUUUGUGGUGUGUUCUGGAGCGUCUGUGUGGACGUCCAGGAGAGUUUGUGGUGUGUUCUGCAGCGUCUGUGUGGACGUCCAGGAGAGUUUGUGGUGUGUUAGAUGUGCAACCAAUACAAUUCCAUAUUGAUGACAAUAAACAUAAAUUUGUUGACCACAUUUAUAUCACCUUCAAUAAAGAUAAAUUGAACCAUUUACAA